UCAAUAAAUCUUUCACUCAAAAAUUUGAUAUUCAUAGAAAAACCUACUAUUCUGAAAAUGCUUAUGCUAAUCAUUUGCGAUCUAAUAAGCAUAAAGUCGCAGAACUGAAAGCUGCGCAAGAAGUGAAUAAUAUUGAUGAUGAAUGGGAAGAUAUUGAAGAAGAUAUUAGCAACGAGAAUCAUGUCAACUUUUCAAAGGGCGGCUUAUUGGACGAAGAUGACAUUGAAUUAAUAUUACCAUCUGGUGCACGUAUCGGUCAUCGUUCAAUGCGAAGAUAUUAUAAACAAAACUUGCGUCCCGAAGAGCAUAGAGAUUCUAUAAUUAUAAACCGUCUUAUUACUCAAUAUGGCGACUAUCAUCGACGCUCUGGAGGUGUUCUUAUUGCCAAAGGUGGUCAUGCAAAGCAUGCACAAUAUUAUAUCACAACUUUACAAGAUAAACGUCAUCAUGAUUUUGAUACACGUAUUGGCAUUAAGGCCAACAAACUACAACGCCAUUUCAGGGCUCAAAUAUUGUAG